GUGAUAAUAAUAAUAUUUUCUAAUGUUUAUCCCAAUUGAUUAUUAUUGAUUAUUAUAUUAUGAUUAUAUACAUCGUAGUCACAAAUCUAUUUCGCAAACUUGGUCCAACCAAUUGAACAAUGUUUAAAACGAAACAACAACCGGUGUCAGCUAAUUUAUUGUUAUCAUCAGUUAGAUAUUUAAUCACAAAUCCUACACGACAAGUGCAACAACUUUUUACAACAAAAAAGGCCACGUCAAAGAGAAUCCCUAUACGUAGCCAGAAGGCAUUAUUCUCACCAUUUAUUUACAUUCUUCGUCGUUUAACUUUGAAGCCAAAGACAGCAGCGACAUUCAUACAGCUACCACUGUUAUCAUCAAUUUCGAAGAUUGCUCCAAAAACAUCAACAAGUAGAAACAAUUCGACAUAUUCGCCAAAAAAUCAAUCAUUUAUUUUGGGAUUUCCACAUAAUCAUCAUAGUGUUAGGUUAUUAACGAAUCAAAUACGUACAAUGUCUUCGAUAUCAAAAAAAAUAAGUGCCCGUCGUUUAGAUGGUAUGGCCGAGAGUGUUUGGAAUGACUUUGUCAAAUUGGCCAUCCAAUAUAAGCCAAUAAACCUGGGUCAAGGAUUUCCGGAUUUCGCUGCACCCGAAGUGGUUACUCAAGCUUUAGCUCAGGCCACAACAAGCGAUAAUAUUUUUCUCAAUCAAUAUACAAGAGGAUUUGGACAUCCGCGAUUAGUGAAUGCAUUGAGCAAACUUUAUUCCCAAUUACAAGCCAGACCUAUUGAUCCAUUAAAAGAAAUGUUAAUCACAUCGGGAGCCUAUGAAGCUCUCUAUUCAUCUAUUAUGGCAUUAAUCGAUGAAGGCGAUGAAGUGAUCAUUAUUGAACCAUUUUUCGAUUGUUAUGAAGCAAUGGUAAGAAUGGCUGGUGGCCGACCAGUGUUCAUUCCUCUCCGCCUACGAUCUGAUGCUCCAAAAAAUAAUCAGUCAACUAUAACGAGUGCUGAUUGGAAGUUGGAUCCGGCCGAAUUGGAAUCAAAAUUUAAUGAAAAAACCAAAUUAAUUAUUGUGAAUACUCCACACAAUCCUUUUGGAAAGAUUUUCUCUCGUGAUGAAUUGGAACAUAUUGCUACAUUAUGUAAGAAACAUGAUGUAAUAGUCAUCAGUGAUGAAGUAUAUGAAUGGCUAUUCUAUCCAGGAACUGAACAUAUCCGUAUGGCUACACUUUCUGAUAUGUGGGAUCGUACCAUAACGAUUGGUUCGGCUGGUAAGACAUUCUCGGUGACCGGAUGGAAAAUCGGCUGGGCUUAUGGCCCCGUACAUUUGAUGCAACCAUUGCAAUUAUUGCAUCAGAAUUGCGUUUACACAUGUCCUACACCGAUACAGGAAGCCAUUGCCAUUGGAUUUGAGAAAGAAAUUGAUCGUAUGGGUCAAAAAGAUUGUUAUUGGACCGAAUUAGUUGAUUUACUUCAACCGAAACGUGAUCGUAUGGCUAAAAUAUUGAAAUCAGUCAAUAUGAAUCCAACUAUACCUGAAGGUGGUUAUUUUAUUGUUGCUGAUUUUAGCGAAUUGGCCGCUAAAGUUGAUCUGACCACUGAAACUGGUACGAAAGAUUAUCGUUUCGUCAAAUGGAUGUCCAAGAAUAAAAAACUACAAGGCAUACCAAUGAGUGCAUUCUAUUCGGAUGACCAUAAAUAUUUGGCAGAAAAUUUGAUUCGUUUUUGUUUCAUUAAAAAAGAUGAAACAUUAUCAAAAGCUGAAGAGAUAUUGAAUAAUUUGAAACAAACGCUUUAAGUUUUUUGUUGAAUAUUUUAUGGCCAAAAUGACCAUUUUUACUAUUUGAAUAUGUGAUUUAUUUGAAUUAAUUAUAUAGUUAUUCAUUUUUACUGAAUAAAAUUAACUGACUUUA